AUGCGCUUCACCGCUGGUUCCCUGGCUGCCGCCACCCUCCUUGCGGGUGCUGUCUCAGCUGCCCCGGCCCCCGCCCGUAACGGCCUGAGCAAACGGGUGUACAAGCCUACUCCCCUCGCCAGUCGUGCUAGCAGCAAGGCUUCGGCGAAUGUCCUGGAAUUGAAGAAGGUGAAGACUGCCAAAGGUGCGACAAGCCACAGCGCAGCUCGCCUGAAGAAAGGCAGCAGCAGCACCACCACCACGUCUGGAAGCUCCACCUUGAUCUCGCUCAUUGAAGGCGAGGAGUUUGCGACCUCCAUCACCGUCGGCGGUGACUCCUUCGACGUCAUUGUGGACACCGGUUCCAGCGAUCUCUGGUUGGUGGAGGAGGGAUUCACCUGCCUGAACGAGAACAGCCAGAAGGUCUCUGAAUCCGAGUGCGCCUUCGGUUCUACCUGGACGCCUACCAGCUCCUUCAGCAAGAUCUCCAACGAGGAGUUUUCGAUCAGCUAUGGCGAUGGUGAGUUCGCCACGGGAGUCAUGGGCAAGGAUGAAGUUACGCUGGCCGGAAUCAGCGUCGAGCAAGAAAUGGCCGGUGUCACUGAGGCGUUCUGGGAGGGAGACGGUACCACCUCCGGCCUCGUCGGUCUGGCCUACCCUGGCAUCACGAGUGCCUACAGCACCCGAACCUACCAGCAGGUGGAAUAUGACCCGAUCAUCACCACCCUGGUUGACGAGGGUCUCAUCGACUCCUACUUUAGUUUGGCCAUCGAGCGCGAUGUCUCCGGUGCUGCGGGCUACAUCACCCUGGGUGGUCUUCCGCCCGUCAACUAUACCGACACCUGGUCAUCCACCGAUAUCCUGGUGACCACCUACGAUGGCCAGGAUGAAGGCUAUGCGUACUACACCAUCGACAUCGAUGCCGUCACUUUGAGCGGCAAGUCGCUCACUGCUGCCGGUGGAAGCAGCAUCCAGUACAUUGUCGACAGCGGUACGACUCUGAACUACUACCCGACUACCAUCGCGGAUGAGGUCAACGCCGCUUUCUCCCCUGCCGCCACUUACAGCGAGGAUGAGGGCGCCUACAUCGUCGAUUGCGAUGCCACUGCGCCCGCGCACGGAAUCACCAUUGGUGGAACUACCUACAUCAUCAACCCCUUGGACAUGAUCCUCGACGCGGGAACCGACAGCAGCGGCAACACGGUCUGUAUCUCUGGCAUCGUGGACGGUGGCAGUGACUACAGUGAGGACAUCUUCAUCCUGGGCGAUGUCUUCCUGAAGAACGUGGUUGCGGUCUUCGAUGUCGGCGACGUGGAGCUCAAGUUCGCUCCUCGCGAGUUUUACGACUCCAAUGACACUUACUAG